UCCUUCGGGGCCACCGAGGCUCCCAAGUCACGCACCUCGUGCGUGGAAAAAGCAGAAAGCAAAAGUUGGCUGGCGGCGACCCUUUGCCCGCCCGGCCACUCGGACUGACUCCAGCCGCCAAGCUGGAGGAGGCCCCGAGCCUGGGCCGCCCCGCGCGCGCAGCAGCUCCGGUCCCCCGCGCGGUGCCCGGCUCGGCAAUAUGAAGGAACCGCCGCCGUCAUGUGCGGGCGCCGAGCAUCCGAGCAUGGCGGGGUACGGCCCCCUGGACCCCUUGGACCCCUUGGAUCUCGCUGCUGGUGGUGGCCCCGCCGUGAAGCGCUUGCGAACUGAGCCCCCCUUUCCCUCUCUCUUCGCAGAGGAGGCCUACCAGAAACUGGCCAGCGAGACCCUGGAGGAGCUGGAUUGGUGUCUGGACCAGCUAGAGACCCUGCAGACAAGGCACUCCGUCAGCGAGAUGGCCUCCAAUAAGUUUAAAAGGAUGCUUAAUCGGGAGCUCACCCAUCUCUCUGAAAUGAGUCGAUCUGGAAAUCAAGUGUCAGAAUAUAUCUCAAAUACAUUCUUAGAUAAGCAGCAUGAAGUGGAAAUUCCCUCUCCCACUCAAAAGGAGAAGGAAAAAAAGAAAAGGCCAAUGUCUCAGAUCAGUGGGGUGAAGAAGUUGAUGCACAGCUCCAGUUUGACUAAUUCAAGCAUCCCACGGUUUGGGGUUAAAACAGAACAAGAAGAUGUCCUUGCCAAGGAACUAGAAGAUGUGAACAAAUGGGGUCUUCAUGUUUUCAGAAUAGCAGAAUUGUCUGGUAACCGGCCUUUGACUGUUAUCAUGCACACCAUCUUUCAGGAGCGGGAUUUAUUAAAAACAUUUAAAAUUCCAGUAGAUACUUUAAUUACAUACCUUAUGACCUUGGAAGACCAUUACCAUGCAGAUGUCGCCUACCACAACAAUAUCCAUGCAGCAGAUGUCGUUCAGUCCACGCAUGUGCUGUUGUCUACACCUGCUUUGGAGGCUGUGUUUACAGAUUUAGAGAUUCUCGCAGCAAUCUUUGCCAGUGCAAUACAUGAUGUAGAUCAUCCCGGUGUGUCAAAUCAGUUUCUGAUCAAUACAAACUCUGAACUUGCCUUGAUGUACAAUGAUUCUUCUGUCUUGGAAAACCAUCAUUUGGCUGUGGGCUUUAAGUUGCUUCAAGAAGAAAACUGUGACAUUUUCCAGAAUUUGACCAAAAAGCAAAGACAAUCAUUGAGGAAAAUGGUCAUUGAUAUUGUACUUGCAACAGAUAUGUCAAAACACAUGAAUCUACUGGCUGAUUUGAAAACUAUGGUUGAAACUAAGAAAGUGACAAGUUCUGGAGUUCUUCUUCUUGAUAAUUAUUCUGAUAGGAUUCAGGUCCUUCAGAAUAUGGUGCAUUGUGCAGACCUGAGCAACCCAACAAAGCCGCUCCAGCUGUACCGUCAGUGGACUGACCGCAUAAUGGAAGAAUUCUUCCGCCAAGGAGACAGAGAGAGGGAGCGGGGUAUGGAGAUAAGUCCCAUGUGUGACAAGCACAAUGCCUCUGUGGAAAAAUCACAGGUGGGCUUCAUAGACUAUAUUGUUCACCCUCUCUGGGAGACAUGGGCAGACCUAGUACAUCCAGAUGCCCAGGAUAUUUUGGACACUUUGGAGGACAAUCGUGAGUGGUACCAGAGCACAAUUCCUCAGAGCCCCUCCCCAGCACCUGAUGACCAGGAGGAAGGCCGGCAAGGCCAGACAGAUAAGUUCCAGUUUGAACUGACUUUAGAGGAAGAUGGCGAAUCAGACACCGAAAAAGACUGUGGCAGUCAGGUGGAGGAAGACACCAGCUGCAGCGACUCCAAGACUCUCUGUACUCAAGACUCAGAGUCGACUGAGAUUCCCCUUGACGAGCAGGUGGAAGAAGAGGCGGUUGCAGAGGAAGAGGAAUGCCAGCCCGAAGCCACUGUCGUAGAGGAUCAUUCUCCUGACACGUAACAGUAUAAAGCCGUUCACCUCCCCCUCCCCUUUUUUUUUAAAGUAGAAAAUUGUUUCCAAAGUGCAUGUCACAUGCCACAACCGUCGUCACACCUCACUGUCAUCUGCCAGGAUGUUUGUUGAACAAAACUGACCUUGACUACUCAGUCUGGCGCUCAGGAAUAUCGUAACCUGUUUUCCACCUCCACGUCAUCGGAGUGAAGCGGACAUCCUCAUGAACAGCAUUUGAACCCGACUGCAGCUUGGUAGAGCUGACGAAGAAGAGAAAAUCAACUCCAAAGGGUUUUCCAUUGAGUGGUUCAUCCAGCAGCCCCAAAAGCGAUAGGAUUUGGGAUUUCUUUUCUUUCUGUUUGUUCACGAUAUUUCCAACAAAAGAAGGCAUCGUGCAGAGUGAGAGAGCAGAUGAAACAGCAGGUGGAUGGGUCAGGAACAGGACACAAGGUGAAUCUGUUACCAGGAGGAAGAUGAGCCACAGUAAUUGCAUAAUUUUCUAAUUUCAAGUCUUCCUGAUAUCUGACUGAAUAGUGUGGUUCAGUGAGCCAACACUAACCUCUACAUUUUGUAUAAUAUGUAAAACAGAUUUUUUGUAGAGCUUACUUUUAUUAUUAAAUGUAUUGAGGUAUUAUAUUUAAAAAACUAUGUUCAGAACUUCAUCUGCCACUGGUUAUUUUUUUCUAAGGAGUAACUUGCAAGUUUUCAGUACAAAUCUGUGCUACACUGGAUAAAUCUCAUUUAUGAAUUUUACUUGCACCUAAGAGUUCAUAGCAAUUAACUGAUUUGUAGUGAUUCAUUGUUUUAUAUACCAAUGAUUUCCAUAUUUUAAAACAAAAAACCUUAUGUUGCAGGAAACCCCUUUUGUAGAUCUUUCUUUACUUUGCUUUUUAUUUGACUCUUCAGGUAAGCAGAGUUGCUCUCCAUUCACAUUUCUUCUUGUGUGCAAAGUGAAUCUUUGUUUAGUAAUACUUCAGUGUGUGUUCUGUCUAAUGUGUCUUAAAACUUAAUGGACAUUUGAUCAUCAGUUGGUGUUGUCUGAAGCAAGUGAGAGAUAUAAAUAUCCAGUAGCUAGAAUGGUCAGUCUCUUUUAGAUCUUUUCCUACUUAGUGUCUUCUGAUAACUUUGCUGUGUCAAUAAACCCUCACCUCACAAGUGCAUGUCUCUGUAAUGGCCCACACAUUUCAUAUUCAUUUUUAUGGUUUUUUGAAGUCAGUUAGAGUAAGGAUAACAUUUUCCCCCUUGUGCUGCUUUAUUAUUUUAGUGUGUUUCAACUGUCCAUGUUCUCUAGAUGGGGUCUUAUCAAAUAUAUCACCAUCAUUCUGACUUGAAAAAACAGGUAGUCAAGUUGGGAUUAGCAUUCAUUUCUAACAUGAGAUCGUAUAUAAAAUGACAAGCAUUUGGUUCUUGAUUUACAAAGAAAAGUUAGCUAGCUAGACAGUUUUUAACAAUGUUGGCAGAAUAUAUUAACAAACACCAAUACAAUUCUCUUUUGUUUCUGUGACUUCACUAUGGAAUUAUGACCUAUGUAAGAAGUGACAUUAAAAGUAAUGACAAUUCUUUCUUAAUGGCUAGCCACAUAACAUGUAGGAAUUAUCAUUGGUUUAUAACAUGUCUUACAAAGAAGAAUUUCCUUAAAUACACUGAGAGAAAAAAGUUGAUAAUGCCACUGGCACCAGAGGUUUGGUAAUCUAAUGUUGUCCUAAAUUACUAGCUUAAGUAAAAAGAUUCUGUUUAAAUAAACUAAAGAUCACCUAGGUCUGGAGAUAGAGCUCAAUGGUAGAAUGCAUGCCUUACAUGUAUGCGCCCUGAGUUCAGUCCUCAGCACACAUGUGUUCUUUCUUGCGCUCUCUCUCUCUCUCUCAUGCACACUUUUUCUCACUCUCUGUCUCACACACAAAGAAAAAUUAUAGCUCACUCUUGGAUAAAUACAGUACCAAGAUGGCAUUAUAAUUUUAAUUAUUAAUUUCUAUUAUUUACCUUCUUUUGGCAACUUGGGGAGGCAUAUAUUAAAUUUGGUGUUUAUUCCUGUUCAACUCAAAAUAUUCCCCUUCUCUGAGGAAUUUAGAUUCCAAAUAAUUGUUGUUCAUAUUGGUGGCCAUGAAUUAAAAUGGAGACGAAGGAAGGGAUAUAUCACACACAUGAAAAAGAAAUACAGUUAAAAAUAAUUUAACCCUGAAAAACAUUUAUUUUUGGAGAUAUCUUGGGGUAAUAACCCAGAGGUAAGUCUCUAUUUUAAUCCUCUGAAAUAAACUAAUGUUUAGAGCCUUUGGUAGAACUUUGGCUAGUUUUUGCUUAGAACAGACAGGAAUCAACUAAACAUAUUUUUUAUUUCUCAUCCUGUAACUCUUUCAGAUUAAGGCCAGAUGGCUUCCCAAGAAUACUUGGAAACUUAUUUCAGUUUUAAGGGUAUUUGUCACUGGUGAAGGUCUAGAAGAAAUGGCAAAGAAUCUAUUCCUUUUCCAAAAUAAUGUCAUUCUUUCCCAUCUUUGACACUUGGCAUUUCCCCACAGAGUGCCUAGAAUCUUAAUAAUAAAAAAUUAAAAGCAAUAUGUUACAAAUACACACCUGAAAUAGUUUAUAACUCUCUUUAAAAGGUUGGGUUCUUUUCCUCAAAGUUGUUGGCUUUUAAAUGGUUUGUUAUGAAUAUUCUCAGUGAUGGACAAUCAAAUUAUUGUAAAGGUGUAAUAUUCUAGAGACAGGGACUAAUUAAUGCACUGUACAAUCCACUUAGGACACCCUCUUCUCUCUCUCUCUUCCUCUCUCUCUUUCUCCCCUCUCUCAUCAAAGUGCUUCACAAUACAUGUUUAAAAAGAACACCCUCUUAUAGCUGGCUUUGCAUUUCCAAAAAUGCCAUAAGAAAAUGCAAUAUCUGGGUUCUGUAUGGGGGAAAAAGUCCAAGUUUGCAUAAAAGGAGUACAUUUAGCUUGCAAGUUACUAAACACAAAAAUACCAUUUUUAAUUUUAUUUUCUUUUAUAUCACUUAAAAUUCACAAGGAGGUAAUGUAGAUAGAACAACUCACAGACAAGAAAAAACUUGAAUGAAAUAGGUUUUACAGAAAGCUUUAUGAUAAUUUUUGAGUGCAUUAUUUAUUUUUGUGCCAUGCAUUUCUUUUCUCACCAAAUGACCUUACCUAUAAUACAGUCUUGUUUGUCUGUUUACAACCAUGUAUUUAUUGUAAUGUACAUAUUGUAAUGUUAAUUGUAAAUUAUCAGUUCUUAUUAAAACAUCAUCCUCUGAAGGGAUGGUGUUGAUAUAUUUGGGAACUCUUGGUGAGAGAAUGAAUGGUGUGUAUACAUACUCCUUGUAUAUUUUCUUUUCUCCUGUAAUAUAGUCUUGUCACCUU